AAAGGAAAAAAAAGGGAAGCUAGAAAACAUUUUGUUCAAAGUAGUAAUGAUAAGUUUCCUCCCCUACCUCUGACUUCCAUUCAUCCCUCAUCAUCAUUACAACCUCACUUCUUUCUUUCUCUCUGUACCUCCACUUUUAAUCCCAACAUCAUGAUGAUAGUGAUGAUGACUAAUCUUCAUCAUCAUCAUCUUCUUCGUCUUCUUCUACUUCUUUUUUCUCUUCAACUCCAAAGUCUCAGUACCCAAGAGGAAGACAUAAUCACAGAACUCCAAGAUCAAGAAUCCCAAGAAAAAGAAAAAGUUGUUGAUUAUCAUCGUCAUCAAGAUUUCAAGAUUAGGGUUUACCUAAUCUCUCUCUACUUUUUCAUUUAGAUCGAUUCUUGACCAUCAUCAUCUCAUAUGUUUGUAUCAUCAUUCACGUGUGCGUACGAGAUCCGAAAGGGGAAUCAAGCGUCUCGGUCCGAUCCUUCGCUUCUUCAAAGCGCUCACUCAAAAAUCCAUAAAAUCAAGUGUGUCUUUGUUACCUAUUUCUUCUCCUUAUGUGUGUUUUCUUUUGAAUUCCUUUUGUUUUUUUUCUGUUUAUGUUAAGACUACCUUUGUUCUUCUAUUUGCUCUCUUCUAGAUUUCUCUCUUUUCCGAUUGGUGUUUUCGUUUGGCUUAUUUAAAUUUUAUAAAUCUAUGUGUAUCACUAUGUCCUUCAAAUUCUACUCAUGAAAUUAAAUUCCAUACA